GUUGUUAAACAAAAUUCCAUCAGCUGAUUAUGUCGAUGCAGUCUCACCUCACUCAAGUUUUGUUGUCAGGUUGAUUAAUUCAGGUUUACUGGUUUGCCUUGAAAAAUUAUAAUUGUCAUUUAAUUACAAAGCUUCUGUCAUUGGUACAAAACAAAUCAAUCAUCAAUGUACUGAUUUACAGGUAAGAGUGGUUCAACCAUGAAUGUAAACUCCAUCUUGCUAUGAGUAACCAAUGUCAAAGUUAAAGACAUAAAUGCAAGACUCUCCAGGAAGCUGAAGGGUUCAACUUGAAUAUUCUGGCCAUGGAUCCUCCUGGAGUUGUUGAAGGCAAACGUUUGCAGAAGACCCCUGGCCCUGCAUCCACCAAAGCUGGUUACAGUGAAUCUUUAUUUAGACCUAAAGAGAGCGUAAGCCAAGAAAGAUUACAGCUGAGCGACAUCUUUGACCGACUUGAGAAGAUAUCCCUUGAUCCUCAUCCGCAGUCAUCACUUGACAUCCCUCAUGCAUCGGUACUCACCGCCAAGCUCAAUACUCGCUGCUCAUGUGGCAACAUCACCAACUCAACCUCAAACCAGAGUCAGCUGAGGAAUGGUGGCCCAUCAUCAAGUGAAUCAUCAUCGAGUAAUUCAUCAGACUCUGAUGCAGAUUCUGAUGAGGAGCCAUUCUCAUUAGUUAAUUUGAUCGGGAUAUUGGUUGCACAGGAAAUGAAAGGCUCCACAAAGCAGCUGGGCGCUGUUAGAAACUUGGCUGUCAGGUGCCAUGGUGAUAAGAUUUCAGAUAAGCAUCUUCACCAGCUUGUGCGACUAACCAUCUCUAGUAAUCAACAAGUUAGAAAUGUUGCUUUCCUUGCCAUGAGACAGGCAGCUACCAAUGAAUCCAACAGUAAGAUACUCCUCCAAAUGGGUAUAGUCCCUCAAAUCCUAACCCUCCUGCAGGAUAAAAUGGAAGCUCCCAGCCAUGCAGUAGCUGCUGCAGCAUUGGAGAAGGUUGUGAUGCACACAAAUCUGACGGAUCAUUGGCUGGAGAACAUGAUCACUGUGGGCUUGCCAAUCCUUAUUGGCUGUUUAUCAACCAAUCAGGCGGUAGAGACUAAAGUAGCUGUGGGCCAAUUGCUGAGUAGUCUAGGACGCUGCUUUGAGAUUGCUGUCUUGUUACUGGAUCACUGUAUGACAGACAUUAUGGAUGUCUGGCUUAGAUAUCCAGCUAUGAAGGAAAGUCUGACAGGCACGUUCAGCCAUCUCCUUCAGCACACAGACCACACGGUAGCAGGAGUGAUAGAGCAUAGAGUCAUGGAACAUAUAGCAGUAGCACUGACACAAGAGAAUUGCUGUGUUCAGAUUAAAGCUGCUGAAUUCUUCUUAGCGCUGUGCUGCUCUGAGUAUGGCCGGUCUGCCUUACUGGAUGAUGGUAAGCUGAAGGUGAUCCUGAGAGUGCUAAGAGCAACACAUUGUAGAAGAUUGAGAGAGUUAUGCGUUGCCACGUUGACAGAGAUCCUAAAAACUGCCUCCCCAAACAAACUGAAAGACGUGACCCAACAAACAGACUCUGCAUUUAGUGAUGAGCUAACCUCAGACCACAAGAUUUCUGAAAUCAGGAGAAGGAAGGAAGAUCCAGCUUAUCUGGCAACCAGGAAGAAAGAUUCCUCUGCGAGAAGCGAAGGUGGUACUAAAGUCCUCAUCAGAAUUCUAGUUGAGACAAUUCACAAAGAAGCAAAGAUAACUUUGGACCAAAACAAGAAGAUUAAAUCAAUUGGAUUCCAUCCCGGUGUGGAUUUUUUCAAGACUCUCUCAAAUACUGUCUUUUGUAUGUGUCAGCUAGCGACAAUAGCAACUGGUAGACAGCGAAUGAGAACUUCAAGUCACAGUGGCAGAAUAACCAUUCAGGGGUCAAAGGGCAAGACCUUAAAAGUCAACUCUGCUGUCGUCCAGUUUAUGUUCAUCCAUGGUGCUCUGUGUAUUCUUAAUCUUCUACAUACCUACACAGUUUGGCUGUUCCCAGACAUUAUUAAAGAACUGUCACUAACUGAACAGCAAAGGAACUUAGACAUUCUGCAUCUACAAGCCAUGAUGAAGGUGUGGCAAAUGAAACCCCCAUCACUGAGUCAGGAUAGACUCUGCCCAGCCAGGGAGGAGGAGCUUGAGUUUGUCUGUCGGAUGCUGGAAUGUGUCUACUUGUUUGCAGCUUCCUCAUCACAGCUAUGGAAUGCUAAGAUUGAAAAGGAAGUUGAGUCUCAGCUCACUGAGCAUCAAGGCUGGAUAGAGGAAGGGGAGGAUGCUACUGCUAACAGCUACCAGUAUGUGAAGACAGUCGAUCAGGCUUUCCCAAGUAGCUACACAGUGGAGAACAUCACAUCUCACAGGCAGGAGCUCAAUGAGAUCAAGGCAAGACGAGAGAAGGACUUACAACAGCGGAAAACUGCAUGGACUGAUAAACAAGAUUCAGGACUAUCUAAUCAUGAAACAACUCAUUCUUCAAAAAAUCCCUCAUCAGGAGACUUACAAUAUUUGACAACUAAGAAGAUAAGACCCCUGUCAGCUAAAAAGCAAAGCCAUAGUCCCAUGAAGUUCGAUCUUAGAAAGAGUGUUUUUAAUGAGCAGGCGUCAUCAUCACGUCCAUCAUCAGCAGAAAGAGCCGAAGCAGCUCGUGUUAAACGUAACAUCAGGACAGCUGGGUUUGGGAAGACAUCAGUAACUGUUAUAAAUAAAGAUAUUAAGAAAGAUGAGAGUGCAAUAAAACAUGAUGAAGACAGUGAGCUGAGACAGAAACGCUUGAGACUAAGGCUGUUCCAGGAGGGGGUCUGUGCCACAGUUGGGCCAUGGGUUGCAUAUUAUCAAGGGCCACAGAUUCAGAUUUUAGCCGCUGAAUGCCUUCGCUGGAUCAUUCAACCCAUUCACCCUGAAGAAACUCGCCAGCUUAGAGAAGCAACUGAGGCUAAAGAGCGACUUAACAGGCACAAAUCAAGAUCUGAAAUGGCUAAGACACUUGCAGAGCGAGAUAAGAUACUCAGUCAAGUCUUGGGUCAGAUGUCAACCAACUCAGCAGCAGUUGUUAAAGACGCUCUUGGGGUCAAGGAUCAUUCUCAGCGAGAAAAAAAGACAAGCAGUGGCAGCAAGCCCAAAACAAAGCCUCCUUCAACUGUAGCCAAUCACAAGCCAGCAUGUAACCAAGAGGAGCCAAUAGGAUGGCAGUGCUCUAUCCAUCUGCUGGAGGUCUGUGGGAUUCAGAUUAUAGCAGGACUUGACAGUUCUAGGUCAGAGGUCAGAAAAGCUUGCCUGCUCUUCCUGCAUGACCUUGUGAAUUUUGGAGAGACUAUGGUUCACAUGAUGCUAGCUUCACUGGGUGUUGUGUCUCGUUUGAUGGAUUUCAUACGCAUCAACAAGCAGAAUGAAAAUAGUGCAAUAUUAGGCAUAAUGACACUGAGAAGUAUGAUAAGUGACUAUCGGCUGAAGCAGAUUUUCUGUAGUGAAAGUGGGGAAGCCUUCUUGCAAGACCUAAUCAAGACCAGUGAGGGCGCACUUUGCAUGCAUCUUCACAAAUUCAUGAGACACAUCACAGAAGGACCUGGUGGUUUACUCUGAAGAUAUUUUCUUCCUAAGAGUGCAAAAGACCAACAUAUGUCCUCAACCAGCAUCUGCUCUAUAGAUGUACCCUGAUACUCUCAAAGGAUUCCGAUAGAUGUUGCCUUGAAGGAUAAUAUAAAUAUAAAUACACCAUAUUCAAGAAGGACCAUUGUUUAAUGUCCACCAGCUACUGUUUGCUGCUAACAAAAAGAACCAAAUGUGGCCAAUUUCACAAAGCAAUAAAAUUCAUCGCAAGACAAAUUGUCAGUAUAACCAUAGUGAUUUGUAUGGUGACAUCACACUUUACUUAGCAACUAACUGCGAUUGAUCAGCAGUUAAAACAAUCUUACCUCUUUGUGAAAUCGGCCCCAGACCCCAAUGUCUUUAGAAAUAGUCCUCUUUAAAAAGAUAGUUUGUCGCAAUUGUCAGUGAUCCGUGUCUAAAUAAAAAUAGACACAAAAACAUAUUUCACUCUAUUUGUACAUUAUUUGAUGUUUUCUCUACGCAAUAUUUUGUUUAUUUUUUAAAAAGUCGUUCUAUGUCCAUAUCAUGUGAAGUGCAAAUGCAUUGAACCAUUAUUUGGUUCAAACAGUUGACAGGGAAAAAAAGUAAUACUUGUAGUCUUUGUCUUGUAUUGCUUUUGGUCAGCAGAAAUUAUAAUAUCCGUCCACUUAAAGGCAGCGGACACUAUUGGUUAUUACUCAACAUAAUUAUUAUCAUAAAACCUCACUUGGUUACGAGUA